CUCCCGGUGGCCGCCGCGAUGGAGGCCGUGCCGCGCAUGCCCAUGAUCUGGCUGGACCUCAAGGAGGCCGGGGAGUUCGGCUUCCACCAGGCCGUCAAGAAGUUUGUCCUGAAGAACUAUGGUGAGAACCCCGAAAAUUACAACGAAGAGCUGAAGAAGCUGGAGCAGCUCAGGCAGAACGCCGUCAAUGUGCCCAGGGACUUUGAGGGCUGCAGCAUCUUGCGGAAAUACUUUGGCCAGCUCCACUACCUGCAGAGCCGCAUCCCCAUGGGGGCGGAGCAUGAGGCAGCUGUCCCCAUCACCUGGACGGAGAUCUUUUCUGGCAAGGCCGUUACUCACGAGGAUAUCAAGUACGAGCAAGCCUGCAUCCUCUACAAUCUGGGUGCCUUGCACUCCAUGCUGGGGGCGAUGGACAAGCGGGUGUCAGAGGAGGGCAUGAAGGUCUCCUGCACCCAUUUCCAGUGCGCCGCCGGCGCGUUCACGUACCUGCGGGACCACUUCCCCCAUUCCUACAGCGUCGACAUGAGCCACCAGAUCCUUAACCUCAACAUCAACCUCAUGCUGGGCCAAGCUCAGGAGUGCCUCCUGGAGAAGUCGAUGCUGGACAACCGCAAGAGCUUCCUGGUGGCCAGGAUUAGUGCCCAGGUGGUGGAUUACUACAAAGAAGCUUGCCGGGCCUUGGAGAACUCUGAAACUGCCUCCCUUCUGGGGAAGAUUCAGAAGGACUGGAAGAAGCUGGUGCAGAUGAAGAUCUACUACUUUGCUGCUGUGGCCCACCUGCACAUGGGGAAACAGGCAGAGGAGCAGCAGAAGUACGGGGAGAGGGUUGUCUACUUCCAGAGCGCUUUGGAUAAGCUCAAUGAAGCCAUCAAACUGGCCAAGGGUCAGCCUGAAACUGUGCAGGAGGCUUUGAGGUUCACCAUGGACGUGAUUGGAGGAAAGUUCAACUCUGCCAAGAAGGACAACGAUUUCAUCUACCAUGAAGCAGUCCCCGCUUUGGAUACCUUGCAGUCAGUGAAAGGCGCUCCUCUGGUGAAGGCCCUUCCCGUCAACCCCACAGACCCGGCUGUAACGGGCCCUGAUAUUUUUGCCAAGCUGGUCCCAAUGGCCGCCCACGAGGCAUCCUCACUGUACAGCGAAGAAAAGGCCAAGCUGCUGAGAGAAGUGAUGGCCAAGAUCGAAUCCAAGAACGAAGUGCUGGAACAGUUCAUGGACUCUCUGCAACUGGACCCUGAGACUGUGGACAACCUGGACAUGUACAACCACAUCCCGCCCGUCUUGAUGGAGAAGUGCGCAGCCCUGAGUGUGCGCCCGGAGACCGUGAAGAACCUUGUCCAGUCCAUGCAAGUGCUCUCCGGCGUCUUCACGGACGUGGAAGCCUCUCUGAAAGACAUCAGAGACCUCCUGGAUGAAGACGAGGCUGAGGAGCAGAAGCUGCAGGAGGCCCUGGGGAAGCUCCCCCCGCAGCAGGGCUCCCCACCUCCCGCCAAGCCCACCCAGCCUGCCCUGGCGGAAGUGGCCAAGGAGUGGGCCAAGUACAUGGAGGUCCACGAAAAGGCCAGCUUCACCAACGCCGAGCUGCACAAGGCCAUGAACCUCCACAUCGGCAACCUGCGGCUGCUCAGCGGGCCCCUGGAGCCAGUGAGGGCCGCCCUGCCCACCCCAAGCCUGACCGAAGAGGACAAACAAGUGAUGCAGAACCUGAAGCGCAUUCUGGCCAAGGUGCAGGAAAUGAAGGACCAGCGGGUUUCCCUGGAGCAGCAGCUGCGCGAGAUGAUCCAGAAGGACGACAUCACCACCUCUCUGGUGACCACGGACAGAUCGGAGAUGAAGAAACUCUUCGAAGAGCAGCUGAAGAAGUAUGACCAGAUCAAGGUGUACCUGGAGCAGAAUCUGGCCGCCCAAGAGAACAUCCUCAAAGCCUUGACGGAGGCAAACGUCAAGUAUGCCGCGGUGCGGAAGGUCCUGGCCGAGGUGGAGCACAAGUGGAACACCACCUUGCAGACUCUGGUGGCUUCCUACGAGGCUUACGAGGACCUGAUGAAGAAGUCCCAAGAGGGGAAGGACUUCUACGCCGACUUGGAGGGCAAAGUGGCCAAGCUGCUGGAGAAAGCCCAGCCCUCCCUGGCCAUCCCGCCCCCCUCACUCCUACCUUCCUCUGGGCCUUGUCCGGGCCCCCUGCCGCAGCUGCCCCCAUCCUCCCUGGCUCCGGGAGCCCCUCCCCUCCUCCAGGCCCCCCCCGAGGCCCAGUUCCACCGGCAGAGCUCCUCCACCGACGACCUCCUGUCCUCCAGUCCCGAAAGCCAGCCGGGCUGCGCCAAGGCCUCCGUCAGCCAGCCGCUGCUGCAGCCCACCAAGGCCGACGCCAAGGAGGGCCUGAAGCCCAAGGCGGUGCAGCUGAUCGAGAACGACCCCUACGAGAAGCCGGAGCACAUCCGGCGGCUCCUGGUGGAGCUGGAGCACUUCCGGGACACGGUGGCUGGCCUGGAGAAGCUGACCCCCGGGGGGGGCGCCAGUGAGCUGGAUGGCCUCUGGAAGGAGCUGCAGGACGCCCAGGAGAAGGAUGCCCGGCAACUGUCCAUCGCCAUCGCCCGCUGCUACUCGAUGAAGAACCGCCACCAGGACAUCAUGCCCUACGACAAGAACCGCGUUAUCCUCCAGUCGGGCAAGGAUGACUACGUCAACGCCAGCCGGAUCGAGGACCUCUCCUCCUACUGCCCCACCAUUAUUGCCACUCAGGCCCCGCUAGUGGGCACCGCCUCCGACUUCUGGCUCAUGAUCUACGAGCAGAAGGUGUCGCUGGUCGUCAUGCUGGUCUCUGAGCAGGAAAUUGAGAAGCAAAAGGUGGUGCGCUAUUUCCCCACGGAGCGAGGGCAGCCCAUGGCGCACGGCCCCAUCACCCUGGCCCUGACCAGCCUGAAGGCCACCCCCACCCACGUGGAGAGGAUGAUCACCCUGCAGUUCCGGGACCAGAGCUUGAAGCGCACCGUCAUCCACCUGCAGUUCUCCUCCUGGCCAGAGCUGGGCCUCCCGGACAGCAAAGGGGAUCUCCUCCGCUUCAUCCAGGAGGUGCACAGCCACUACCUCCACCAGCGGCCUCUCCACACCCCCAUCGUUGUCCACUGCAGCUCCGGCGUGGGCCGCACGGGGGCCUUCUGCCUCCUGUACGCAGCCAUGCAGGAAGUAGAGGCCGGGAACAGCAUCCCGGACUUGGCUCAGCUGGUGAAGAGGAUCCGCCGGCAGAGGAAGCACAUGCUGCAGGAGAAGCUCCACCUCAAGUUUUGCUACGAAUCAGUCCUGAAACAUGCCAAGCAGGUGCUGCAGAGACACGGAGUCACCGCACCAUCCACCGGCAAACCAGCCAGCAGCCCCUCUCAGAAGCCAUACGUUCACCAAGACCCACAGGACCUCGUGCUGGGGGGCGAUAUGCCCAUCAGCUCCAUCCAGGCCACCAUUGCCAAGCUGAGCAUCCGGCCCCCCUUGGGAGGCUUGGAAUCCUCUGCCAACGGGCAGCUGUCGGAGCCUCUGCCCGCCAUGGACAAUGCCGCCGCACUCCAGCCACCUUCUCACCCUGUGUUUGCUGACUACGGGCGUUCCGGUAGCCUUGAACUGGCCCCGCCGCUCUCCCCGCCUGCCCCGCCUCCUGGCCUGGAACCUGCGGCCACCCCGGCGGCCCCUCCGUCGUCCUCCUCGCUGGAGCUGCUGGCCUCCCUGACCCCCGAGGCCUUCACGCUGGACAGCGCCCUCAAGGGCCGGCACAAGACCAGCAAGCAGAGCUUCCUCCGGCCCCAGAACGGCGAUGGCCUGCGGGGGACCAGGCCCAGCGACGACCCCCUCAGCAUGCUGGACCCACUCUGGACUCUCAACAAGACGUGA